AGGAAAAGCAAAGAAGAAAACAAGAAAAUAAAUAACCGAAUAAUAUGACAUAAAAAAUAAAAAUGAUCAAUGCAUUCCAUGAUUAUAAACUUCGUCGGUUGACAAAAUGUUAGCAAAAUUUCGACGUAACUGCGUUUUUCGUAAAUCUGAAACUAAUUAAUUGGUAAGCAAAGCUUACUUGCACGAAAAUUUGUUCAAUCAGUAUACAUAUACGUAAAUAUUUUAAGUAUUUUUCAUCCCUAGGCCUGAGAUCGCCUAAACGAUUUAGUCUGCUUCUCGGAUUAAUAUAUUAGAGUAACUGUUUCGCGCCGCGUUUCGAACGUCAGUUAGUAUUUCGUGGAACGGACAGCGCGUCGCAACAAUUUAAUCGAUAUAUCGAACGUGGCUCGCGUCACAGUUCAGGCAGCUGUCGCGCGUGUGUGUGGUUGUGGCUUUUGCUGUAAUUUUGUUGGCAGUGUUGUGUCUAUCAGAUUGGUGGUGGUGGUGUGAUGAGUUUAUCCUGUGAAGAAACAUUGAGCCGUGAUACACAUACAGCCAUGUCGAGAUCAGUACCGGAAAGGUGGUUGGAGUACAAGGCGUACGGUGAUGUAAUCAAGGGAACGAAAAUAGUCGCAUUCAAAGUCCCGCUGAAGGAGACGGUGAGCAACAAUCUGGAGCCAGAUCAGCGAUUCACGCUGAAAAUGUUGCUGGAAGCGAUGCCGAAGGUGAAGUACGUCAUAGACCUGACCAACACCCACCGUUACUACGAUCAAAGGGAGGUCACCGAUGCUGGUCUAAAGUAUUUAAAAAUCAUGGUUCCCGGAAGACUGAUUCCACCUAUCGAGCUUGUCAAGAGAUUCUUCAGGGCAGUGGAGGACUUCACGGCCAGCAGUGAGGCGGACGAACUCAUAGGCGUCCACUGCACUCACGGGGUCAACCGCACCGGAUACUUCAUAUGCAAGUACCUCAUACAGCAGCUAGGAUGGGAGAAUCAGGAAGCUAUCACGGCCUUUCAGGAAGCCAGAGGAUAUGCCAUUGAACGUGAUGUCUACAUUAAUGACCUGAAGACUACACCGAAGGGUCAAAAGUUGGACACCAAAGAAGUCACUUUGGAGAGUUCCAGCAUGCCGUUCAGGGGGCACAAGCGGAUUCCAAAGAGGGUGAAACGAAUAGGACCGAUGGGUCCGCCGGGACCGCCGGGUUUCCACCCGCCUCGAAGAGGCUUUCCAAACGGGCGACCGUUUCCACCGCCGCAUCUGGACCACUUCGGCUACGGACCUCCGUCCUUCAACCCUCUCAUGCCACCGAGGCCACCAAGGCCGCCAAGGCCCUUGAGGCCCCCGAUGUCGCCGGUGCCGCCGAGACCUCCGAUGCCUCCGCCUCUUGGAGUCGCCUACGGCCCUCGGCCCCUGAGGUACGGCCCACCACCGGGCCGCGGAUAUCCAAGCCUCGGAUUUCCACCCCGAAUGCCGCACGGCCCCCCGAGGAUGCCGAUGCCACCUUGCCCCCCGCGGUUACCAGGCCCUCCUGGCCCCCUUGGGCCCCCAGGACCGAUGGGUCCGCCCCCAGGUUCCAUGGGUCCACCGGGCCCUGGGCCAAGGCUGCCGCAGCGUGGUCCACCCCAGGAAAUGCCGCCGAUGAUGAAGGGGCUGUACCAGUACCAGCAGCAGCAUAAGAAGAAGCAGCUGUUGCGGAAUGGAAACGGAGUGCGGAACGCGCAUGUAGUGAAGAGGAAGAAACCGUCCGAGGUGGCCAUCCACGUUCCGAGACUUCACGGGGAGCAGGACUUCACUGUUGAUACCUUCGAGGAGAACUUGACGGCCACUGCCCUGUCCACAGUUCCAACGGUCCCAGCCGCCCUUGUGACGGGGGGACCGAAACGGCGGAACAAAGGGAGGUUCAACAACCGGGCCAAUCGCGGCAAGUGACGACGAUGUGCCGAUUAGCAGAAAAACCGGACAAUUUUUAAGAACUUCUCAUUGUCGCAUGGUCGCUUGUGGAUAAUGGAUAGGACAGGAAUCAGAUUUGAUAUACAUAAUGACGUUGUUGCGUAAUUUUGUGUUUUCUAUGUAUGUGGACGAUGAUAAAAUGGACAAAGAAAAAGAACUAUUUCUUGGGCACCGAAAGAGACGACGCACGGGCGAUUAUGAGGCUUCUGAUAUUUGACAGCUGUAUCACAACGAGAUUAAAAAUGAAUAUUAUCAAGAUGAGGAUUAACCAGAAGGAGAAUAACAUCAACAACGACUUAAGAAAGCAGGUAUUCAAUAUAUCUGACCAUCCUUGUUAAUUGUAUUUCUUAACAUUUAUUAUAUAUACUUGAAAACGUGCCCUCGACGCACACGCCACGUUGCACGUUAACGUCUCUGUCUGGUUAACGAAAAAAGUUAACCAACCGUGGUUGCAACUACUGCUUCUUGCCAGUGACAUGUGCUUUUGGGCAUACGGCAGUGUAACAAUCGUCGUCAAGUGAUUUAAUAAAUGAAUAAACAGAUGCGUCAAACUGACAAAAAAGUAAGUUCAUUAGAAAAAAAAAAAAAUAAGGAAAAAUAAACUGAAAAA